GAACCUGGUUGGGAGUGAGGCUUUGGGAGCAGGGUGUAAUGCUAGUUUCUCAGGACGGGCGCUGCUAUAGUGCCUAGCUAUCGUAAACUAUCCCCUUUCACUCAUUUGCAAUUGAACAGUCCACGACAUCGCCUUUUUUUAAUCACUUGUGGGUUUUCUAAAAUCAUAGCCUAUUUUUUGGUUUUGGCUAAAUCAGAGAGAAGAAAACAUCGCCAUGGAAAGUCCGGGGUUUCCGGGAUGACCCAUGGGUUUGUCCCUGGAAUACGGAUGGUUUGAUUUUAACUCGUAAAAAGGAAUCAUAAAUCGGGAAUAAAUUGUGCAGCUCAACUUUUUUUGUUUUUAGAGCGGCUCACCUCCCAUUCUCCGCUGAGUUUGAUUCAAAGUUAAGAGCCAAGAUGGCGGCCGAUUCCGUGCAGGGAGACGCCCGGAGUCACAUGGUCUCGGAGCUGGGCCUUGGGCAGAACCUGGACCUCUCGGACACCAUGGUCCAGCAGAAGCUGGACGAGAUCAAGGACCAGAUCAAGAGGGAGAUCCGGAAGGAGCUGAAGAUCAAGGAGGGAGCGGAGAACCUGCGCAAGGUCACCACCGACAAGAAAAGCCUGGCCUACGUGGACAACAUGCUGAAGAAGUCCAACAAGAAGGUGGAGGAGUUGCACCAGGAGCUCCAGGAGCUGAACGCUCACAUCGUGGUGAAGGACCCCGAGGACCUGCUCGAGUGCCCGCUGACCCCAGACACGCCCAACAGCGAAGCGCGGACUUGCACCAGCAACAGCAGGCUAGCGGCCCUGAAGAAACAGAACGACAUCGAACUGAAAGUGAAACAGGGAGCGGAGAACAUGAUCCAGAUGUACUCCAACGGGUCCUCGAAGGACCGCAAACUGCUCGCGACCGCUCAACAGAUGCUCCAGGACAGCAAGACGAAAAUAGAGUUCAUCAGGAUGCAGAUCCUGAAGGCCAGCCAGACCAGCGAGAUGAACUUCGAGAACAGCGAUGGCAUGGCCAAGCCCAUCAUCAGCCCGCUGGACCUGCGGCUGGAGGAGCUGCGGCACCACCUGCGGAUAGAGUACGCCGUCGCCGAGGGCGCCAAGAACGUCAUGAAGCUGCUGGGCUCCGGCAAGCUCACGGACAAGCGGGCGCACUCCGAGGCUCAGGCCCGGUUCAACGAGUCCAAUCAGAAGCUGGACCUGCUGAAGUACUCGCUGGAGCAGCGGCUAAACGAACUGCCCAAGAACCACCCCAAGAGCAGCGUGAUCAUAGAGGAGCUCUCCCUGCUGGCGUCGCCCGCGCUCAACCCGCGACAGAGCAUCAUCUCCACGCAGAACCAGUACAGCACUGUCGCCAAGCCCGCCGCCCUGACAGGUACGCUGGACGUGAGACUAAUGGGCUGCCAGGACCUGCUGGAGAGCGUCCCGGGCCGCUCCAAGUCGGCGGCGGUCCCGCUGCCGGGCUGGAGCCCGAGUGAAACCAGGUCCUCUUUCAUGAGCCGGGGGAGCCGGAACAAAGCCGGCACCAGCCGCAGCCUCUCCAAAACCGACGAGCUGUCCAAUGAGAUCAGUGCUGUACUAAAGCUGGACAACACGGUGGUAGGACAGACCAGCUGGAAGCCCGUCAGCAACCAGUCGUGGGACCAGAAGUUUACACUGGAGCUAGACAGGUCUCGGGAGCUGGAGAUCUCGGUCUACUGGAGAGACUGGCGGUCCCUCUGCGCGGUCAAGUUCCUGCGGCUGGAGGACUUUCUGGACAACCAGCGGCACGGGAUGUGCCUGUACCUGGAGCCCCAGGGCACGCUGUUCGCAGAGGUUACAUUCUUCAACCCGGUCAUCGAAAGGAGACCCAAACUACAGAGGCAAAAAAAGAUCUUCUCCAAGCAGCAAGGAAAGACCUUCCUGCGCGCUCCUCAGAUGAACAUCAACAUCGCCACCUGGGGCCGGCUGGUGAGAAGAGCCAUCCCCUCCGUCAACAACUCCUUCAGCCCCCAGGUCCCAGACCUGGCCUCGGAGUCCACCCCUGCAGGCCAGCCGAGCUCGCCCACGUCCCCCAGCAGUGACCCAACCGUGACUAAGCUGGACUUUGACAAAGAGCCAGCCCCCGGGCCCAAGCACCACCCCCUCCCUGUGGAGAUCCGGGAGCCGGCGCCCGAAGGCACCAUCCCCGACAGACAAGAGGUGCAGGAUGCUUUGGCGACGUUCGACUUCCUGAACGACAGGAAUAGCAUGGUGGUCAAGCCAGAUCUCGACGAUGUAGCAGAGCACGAGAUCCAGACGCCAGAUCUGAAGCUAAUAGCUGUGGAACAGACCACUGAAAUAAGGGAAGAACAGUUCCAGUUCAGUCUUAAAGAUUUCAAAUGCAUCGCAGUCCUUGGCCGUGGCCAUUUUGGGAAGGUGUUGCUGGCAGAAUACAAGAACACAGGAGAAAUGUUCGCCAUUAAGGCCUUAAAAAAAGGAGACAUUGUGGCUCGAGAUGAGGUGGACAGUCUCAUGUGCGAGAAGCGGAUCUUCGAGACGGUGAACAGCGUGAGACACCCGUUCCUGGUCAACCUGUUCGCCUGCUUCCAGACGGAGCACCACGCGUGCUUCGUGAUGGAGUACGCGGCCGGCGGGGACCUGAUGAUGCACAUCCACGCCGACGUCUUCUCGGAACCGCGGGCCGUGUUUUAUGCGGCAUGUGUAGUCCUGGGAUUACAGUUCCUGCAUGACCAUAAAAUUGUUUACCGAGAUUUAAAGCUGGAUAAUCUACUGCUGGACACUGAGGGCUAUGUGAAGAUCGCUGACUUUGGCCUUUGUAAAGAAGGAAUGGGGUUCAGGGACCGCACCAGCACGUUCUGUGGCACCCCCGAGUUCCUGGCCCCGGAGGUCCUGACGGAGACGUCGUACACGCGCGCGGUGGACUGGUGGGGGCUGGGCGUGCUCAUCUUUGAGAUGCUGGUUGGAGAGUCCCCGUUCCCCGGUGACGAUGAGGAGGAAGUGUUUGACAGUAUUGUCAACGACGAAGUCCGUUACCCAAGAUUCCUCUCGACAGAAGCAAUCUCCAUCAUGCGAAGGCUAUUGAGGAGGAACCCAGAGAGGCGGCUUGGGGCAGGAGAGAGAGAUGCAGAGGAAGUGAAGAAGCACCCAUUCUUCAGGAAUGUGGAUUGGAGUGGGUUGCUGGCUAAAAAAGUCAAGCCUCCAUUUGUGCCAACCAUUCAGGGGCGCGAGGACGUCAGCAAUUUCGACGAUGAAUUUACCUCAGAGGCCCCCAUCCUGACCCCUCCCCGGGAGCCCAGGGUUCUGACCGGGGAGGAGCAGGACACAUUCGCGGACUUUGACUACAUCGCGGACUGGUGUUAGCCCCUCUGCCCUCCCCCCCUCCCCACACUGUGAACAGCGACCGUAAACUGUAGCUCAACAUUGCAUCUCUGAAGAUCUGGAGCUGUGUCCCCCCCCGCCUCCUGUUGCACUUUGUGCCAAGUAAGGGACCCGCAAAUGUUCAAUAACAAAAUGAAGAUUCCUUUUCCUAAAAAUAAAUACAAAGACCUUUUUUGUCCUUUUUUUUUUUUUAAGCUGACCAUGGCUUCGAUGCCCGUCAGUUUCAAAUUGUCUGAGCACUGGGAAUGUUUUCAACGGACUCCUCCAGGAAAUGACGUCCUGCGCAAUCGAGAUAUUUGCCCUUGCUUCUGGAAUCAGUGCUGUAGUCCUUUCCCCCCCGUCCCCCCCCCCCCCAGUUUUUUUUCUGCCUUACGGAAAGCCGAAAUGACAAAUUAAUACAUGGCUAGAAUGUGCCACAAUGACUUGAAGUGCUUUUACGUAACAGUCACACUAAGUUAUAAGGUAACAACUGCGUACUAACUGCUUAUUCACACUAGCUCGAUCUGAAGUGUGCUUUGCGUUUCCGUUGGAUGUUUUCCUGUGUAACUCCUCCCUGUGGAACCCUGGUUUUUAUCCUUACAUUGCCCUUGCAUUGGUUUAUAUUCAAGAUGCCUUAAAAGUUGUUGAUCUUAAUAAUGGGCUUCCACCAGAAACUGACUGACAGGUACUGAAAAAACAAAAAUGCUGAAGGUGGGCUGCCAAAUGGACUCUUCAGUUUCAAACUGUUUGGAUCUGAAAAUGGAUUUCAACCGAAAACACGCAAGUCCUACAAGUUGAUAUAUCUCGUAUGAAAGCAGUGUAUCACUUUUACCGGCGGUGGUUUUCCAAUUUGUGCAUUUUCAUAACACCAUUUUUCAUGUAUCGUAAUUAUUAGUGGGGGAGAGAAAUGUAAGUUAUAGUUUUAUACUGAAUUUUAGUACUCCAGCAUCAUGCAUCUGCUGUAUAGCGUGACCAUGUUUUUUUUUAAAUAUAUAUAAAUAUUAUAGAUUUUAUGAAUAUGUCAACAUUGAAUAGGUAGCUCAGAUAUUGAAAGCAAGCCUGAACCUCUUAAAAGGAAUGUAAAAUGUAUGUUCAUAAAAAAAGUGUAUAUUUUGGCUCAUUACAUGCCAAAGCAGGCUGUAUUUUUAUAAGAUUGAUCAUUUUUAUGUGGCAUGCAGAGCUGCAGUUAUGUGGCUAUGCUGAAGACAUCAGUCCUUUUAAUGUGCUAACUUGAGAGCCAGAUGAAAUCCCGUUCGGAACAACGGCUUUGUUGCACUUUCAUUCAGGUAUUUUUUUUUUUUUUUGUUGUUUUUCGUUUUUGUUUAUGUGGGGGCUUAGCUGUUUUCAACUGAUGUUAGCAUCUAGACAUGAACAGACAUUACCUGAGACAAUCCUUCACAAAUCUAUUAAGAUGGGGCUUGAGGUGACUGGCACUCUGAACAUGUUGUAUAGCAAACUGAAGCCAAGGAUCAAAUCCCACACAGCUAAUUACCAAAACCCUUUAAAUGUAUGCUCGAAGAACUACCUGCGAGAGGUGUGCGUUCAACCGACAGAACGAACCUAGCUCAACUAACAAUUGUUUUAUCAUGAAUCACUAAAGGGGCAACGGGCAAGGGUUAAGUUGAGGGCAGGGUAUAUGUACACAAGCUGAGAGCAGUAAUUUUAUCUAUGUAGGUUUAUUGUUGUUUUUUAAUUACCAACUUUUUAGCUUAACUAUGAAAAUAUUGUAAAUACCUUUUCAGUAUACUGUAUGUUAAAAGUGACUGCUGAAACAUUAUUGCAAGGAAGGGAGUGACACUUUUGAAUGGUACACUACAUUGAAGUACUUGUACAAGAUGGUGGCGACCUUGGAGAGAAAACCUGUUUUGCAGUCAUUAUCCAUAUCAUGAAUGCACAAAUUAAAUAUUUGUAAUAGAA